AUGGAUCUCAAAUCAGAGGAAGAUAUCGAAAAAGAACUUGGUGAGGGACAGACAGCUUUAGAAAUAGCAUGUGAAUCUGGAAGUACAGACUUAGCUUUACUAUUAAUUGACAGUGGGGCAAACACAUAUUGUGGAUCUUCACUUCAUUUAGCUGCGAAGUAUAACCAAGUAGAACUCCUUUUUGAGUUUCUUAAAAGGGGAUCAGAUGUGUGUUAUAUUGAUCUAAACGGACAGACAGCUCUACAUAUAGCAUGUGGAUCCAGAAGCACAGAUGUAGCUUUAUUAUUAGUUGACAGAGGGGCAGACGUAAAUUUAGCUGAUCAUGAAGCAAAGACAGUUCUACAUAAAGCAUGUGAAUCCGGAAUGUCAGACGUAGCUUUAUUAUUUAUUGAAAGAGGGGUAGACAUAAAUUUGACUGAUAGAUAUGGACAGACAGCUCUACAUAAAGCAUGUAUAUCUGGAUUCACAGAUGUAGCUUUAUUAUUCAUUGACAAAGGGGUAGACAUUAAUUCAACUGAUAUAAAUGGAUGUACCCCACUUCAUGUAGCUGCGAGAUAUAACCAGGUUGAAAUCCUUGUUGCAUUGAUCGAAAGAGGAUUAGAUUUGUAUAGGACUUGUUCAUACGAAAAGGAAAGCGAAAAAGCUCUCCCCUUCACUGCUGACCUUACAGUAUUAUCAGAAGAUAAUGUAGAAAAGGGACAGACAGCUCUUCAUGAAACAGGUGAAUACGGCAGCACAGACGUGGCUUCAUUAUUGAUUGAUAGAGGGGCAGAUAUAAAUAUGAUUGAUGGAUUUGAACAAACAGCUCUUCAUAGAGCAGGUGCAUGCGGGAGCACAGACGUAGCUUUAUUAUUAAUUGACAGAGGGGCAGACAUUGAUUGGACUGAUAACUAUAGAGAGACAGCUCUACAUCUCGCAAUUAACAAGGGAAAUACAGAAGUAGCUAUAUUACUAAUUGAGAAGGGGGCAGACUUAAGUUUGACAAAUUGUGUGGGGAAUCAACCUCUACAGAUUGCAAUUGAACACAGAAACACAGACAUAGCUUUGGCAUUGAUUGACAAAGGGGCAAACCUGAGCAAUGAAAUAGGAUAUUCAACACUUUCUAUAGCUGUGCAGUACAACCAUGUUGAAAUCUUUCUUGAAUUGCUUAAAAGAGGACUAGAGUUCUGUGAUGAAUGCGGAUAUACAGCUCUACAUGUAGCAAGUAAACACAGUAGCAGAGACGUAGCUUUAUUAUUAUUUGACAGAGGGGCAGACAUAAAUUUAGCUGAUGAUUUUGGAAGAACAGCUCUUCAUAUAGCAAUUCAAUCUGGAAGCACAGCUAUAGCUUUGUUACUAAUUGACAGAGGGGCAGAUUUAACUUUGACUGAUGAUUCGGGACAUACACCGCUUCAUAAAGCUAUAAAGUAUAACAAAGAAGAAAUCUGUAUUGAACUGCUUAAUAGAGGAUCAAAAUUGGGGGAGAUAGGUGAAAAUGGACAGACAGCUCUACAUAAAGCAAGUAAAUACGGAAGCACAGAAGUAGCGUUAUUAUUAAUUGACAGAGGGGCAGAUUUAAAUUUGACUGAUAAAUGUAUGAGUUCUGUAUUAUAA